GGGACAGAGACCAUGAGCUUAAAAGAAAUAAUUGCCAGUACAGACGAGAAUAAAAAAUGUGUUGACUGCAAUAUGACCAGACCCCAAUGGGCCUCAAUUACGUAUGGAGUAUUUUUAUGCCUAAACUGUGCUGGUGUACACCGAUCAUACGGAGUAAAAGUGAGCAUGGUAAAGAGUCUAAGCAUGGACAUGUGGAAUGACUCAGAGAAGAAAACAAUGGAGCUGGGCGGUAAUAAGCGAUUUCUAGAGUAUGUGGAAGAGAGCCAGCUGGAAAGUCUUUCUAAAGAAGAAUUGUAUACUUCAAAGAAAAUGGCAAAGUAUGCUGCAGAGUUAAAGAAGAGUGUUAGAAAGAUAUUCCCAGAAGCAGCUGCAAGCAACAUGCCUUCACCAAAGGAAAGAAGAAAGAAGCCACAGUCCACUCCUUCUCCUCCUGUGGUAGAUGUACAUUCAGCCAAACACACAGCAUCCAGCAGCACUGAAAGUACUCAGAGCAGUUAUAUAAAUAUGUAUAACCAAGCAUCUUUCAUGGCAAUGCCUGCUCUGGAGAAUGUACAGUCAGGAAUAACAGACAUGCUUGGCAGGGCAGCAGAGUAUUUUAGUUAUGCAACAAGCACACUUUCUGGCCACAUAUCAGAAAAAGUUCUUACACCAGCCUCAAGUAUCAUUAAAGAAAAAGGUGAGCAACUCUCUGAAUACAUUAAAGGCAAAGAGACAAAUAGACAUACACAGGAUAAAGACACAAGUAAAGAAACAAAGAAAUCUUCACAAGAAAAACCUUCCAAGCCUGGUCAUUCAAAGCCUUCAUUUGAUAAAUGGGAUUAGAUUGAAUAAAGUGAUGCA